CGCAGCCAAUAGCCGUGGACUACCCAAUAAUUGCGGUGGGGCCCACACCCAGCAUACAUAGCCGCUCUCGCCUCGCGGCUCUGCCCGCCGUUUCGCCCCAAAAUUCCGUUCCCGUCCACCUCCCUGUUCCCCCGAAAUUUCUUUACAAAAUUUUUCGAAAGUAAAUAAAUACGCCCACUGACGUGUGGGCCAUACCCUCCUCCCCCUGUUCAAAACUUCAAAUCGUCGCGUUUUUUCUUCAAACCGUGGCUCUCUCUCUCUCUGCAAUAAGAAGUCGUCUUCCACCUCGAGCUCCUACUCUCCCCGGUGAUCUCUCGCUUCGAUUCGAUUCUCUCGUGCAACUGCAAGACACAAGGCCAACUUGAUUAGGAGGAGGAGGAAGAAGAAGAAGCGGUGAUUGCUAGCUAGCUAGCGAGCUCCGUCGACUCUUGCCUGCAGCCAUGAUUACGGCGGCGGUGGCAGCCGUGGUGGAGUCCGCGUCGCCAUCGCCAUCGCCGGCGAGGAAGCGGUGCCGGCUGGGCGGGCCGGUCGUCGCGAACGGCGAGGGUGGUGCUGCUAGUAAUACUACCACCAGUAGCGAGUUCCAGCUGCGGCACUGGCGCCCGGCGGCCGCAGGCAAGCGGGCGGGGCUGGGGAUGCGGAGGCGGUGGGCGCCGCCGGAGAUAGAGAUCCCCGGCGGCGGGAGCGGAGUCGGAGUCGGAGCGCGAGGGUACACCAGCCUCCGGGACAUCCUCUCGUCGCCGGAGUACGCCGCGUCGAGCAAGUCCAGCUCCCCCGCCGACGGUGGCAGCGGCGGCGGCGGCGGCGGCGGCGGCGGCGGAGGGGACGUGCACAUGAUACGCCACCCGCUGGUGAAGCACGCGGCGUACGCCUACCUCCAGCUGACGCCGUCGGCGAGGGACGCCGCCGACGCCGCCGGCAGGAGGCGGCGGCGCAGCCGCGGCCCGCUCUGCCGCCUCCUCCUCGGCUGCCUCGGCUUCGUCGGCGCGCUCUUCGGACGGUGACUGACCUCGCCGUCUCCGGCGAGACACGCCCGCACGUCUCUUGACCUUUUGACCGAUUUUUCUUGCCUUUUUUUUUAAUUUCUGUUUUUUUACAGUGUAUUAUUUAGAGCAGAAAUUGGAUUUUUCCUGUUCUAAUAUGGGUUGUAAUUAGUUUCUGUAAAUAAUAGUUUUGUAGGAUUUUAGGUGUGAGACAGAGAGAUGAUGGCAACAAUUCAAAAAAAGAAAUGAUUUGCUUGCUAACACCUGAUUGGUUAGCUUGAGGGCAA